GUAUGAAGUGGAACAGAACAGAAUUUACCACCUGAAACUGCUGCUUCAAGUUCAGAUCAGGAAAAGAAGAUAUACCACAUCGUAACAACAACUCAAGACCAAAGAAGAGGCAACUUACACUGAAGAAGAUACAAGGCUUGAUCUGAAACAAGAAGUUUGUGCCUACUCAACAGCUUCACAAGAGCACGUCCCGACGCUGCUAGUAGUCUGUGUUCUCCAGUGCUGUAGUGACACUGCCCAGGGCAGCAGCACUUGUAUUCUCUCAAGCUUGAUAGAUCACCUUCUUUUGCUAUCUUUUUUUCUUGUUCUUUUUCUCUCUCUUUCUUUUGUUUCCCCCCCCUUUUUUUUAAAAUAAUAGCAGUCUUCAUCCUUAGAAACUUGUGCUGAAACAGAAGAAUCGACUAAUACUACUGAAAGUGCAAUAUUUGAAUAUCACUGCGAGAUGAGCUUUGAUCCAAACCUGCUCCACAACAAUGGACACAACGGGUACCCCAACGGUACUUCGGCAGCUCUGCGUGAGACUGGGGUUAUAGAGAAGCUGCUAACCUCCUAUGGCUUCAUCCAGUGCUCGGAACGGCAAGCCAGGCUCUUCUUCCACUGCUCACAGUACAAUGGCAACCUGCAGGAGCUCAAAGUAGGAGACGAUGUUGAGUUUGAAGUGUCUUCUGAUCGCCGAACUGGAAAACCCAUUGCUAUUAAAUUGGUGAAGAUAAAGCCAGAAAUAUUACCUGAAGAACGAAUAAACGGACAAGUUGUGUGUGCUGUUCCUCACAAUUUAGAGAGUAAAUCUCCAGCUGCCCCGGGUCAAAGUCCAACAGGGAGUGUUUGCUACGAACGUAAUGGGGAAGUAUUUUACCUGACUUACACCCCAGAGGAUGUUGAAGGAAAUGUACAGCUGGAAACAGGAGAUAAAAUAAACUUCAUAAUUGAUACAAAUAAACAUACUGGUGCUGUAAGUGCUCGUAACAUUAUGCUAUUAAAAAAGAAACAAGCUCGCUGUCAAGGAGUAGUCUGUGCCAUGAAAGAAGCCUUUGGAUUUAUUGAGAGAGGUGAUGUCGUGAAGGAGAUUUUCUUUCACUAUAGUGAAUUUAAAGGUGACCUAGAAACCUUACAGCCUGGUGAUGAUGUGGAGUUUACAAUCAAAGACAGAAAUGGUAAAGAAGUUGCCACAGAUGUUAGACUGCUGCCUCAAGGAACUGUCAUCUUUGAAGAUAUCAGCAUUGAACAUUUUGAAGGAACUGUAACCAAAGUAAUUCCAAAAGUACCCAGCAAAAAUCAGAGUGAUCCAUUACCUGGCCGCAUCAAAGUGGACUUUGUGAUCCCUAAAGAGCUUCCCUUUGGAGACAAAGACACAAAAUCCAAGGUGACCUUGCUGGAAAGUGACCAUGUUCGAUUCAACAUUUCCACGGACAGACGUGACAAGCUGGAAAGAGCCACCAACAUCGAGGUUCUCCCCAACACCUUCCAGUUUACUAAUGAAACUAGGGAAAUGGGUGUGAUUGCAGCCAUGAGGGAUGGCUUUGGCUUCAUCAAGUGUGUGGACAGGGACGCUCGCAUGUUCUUCCACUUCAGUGAAAUCAUGGAUGGAAAUCAGCUCCAUAUUUCUGAUGAAGUAGAGUUCACUGUCGUUCCUGAUAUGCUGUCUUCCCAGAGGAACCAUGCCAUAAGGAUUAAGAAGCUUCCCAAGGGUACAGUUUCUUUCCACACCCAAUCAGAGCAUCGUUUUGUGGGCACUAUAGACAAAGAAGCCACUCCAGCCAAAGCCACUAGCCCCAAUAAAGGCAAAGAGAAGGAAGCUGAGGAUGGAAUAAUUGUGUAUGAUGACUGUGGAGUAAAGCUGACCAUUCCUUACCAGGCCAAGGAUGUGGAAGGAUCUACUAAUCCCCAGAUAGGAGAUAAGGUUGAGUUCUGUGUGUGUGAGGUGAAGAGAACUGGUCUGCAAACAGCUGUUUCUGUCAGGAUGCUGGGACGAAACUACAGCUCUAAGAGGCUUUUGGGCUAUGUGGCAGCCCUGAAAGAUAAUUUUGGGUUUAUUGAAACAGCCAAUCAUGAUAAAGAGAUCUUCUUCCACUACAGUGAAUACUGUGGAGAUAUUGAUAGCCUGGAACUUGGAGACACUGUGGAGUACAGCUUGUCAAAAGGCAAAGGAAACAAAGUUAGUGCAGAGAAGGUGAACAAAACACAUGCAGUGAAUGGUAUUACUGAAGAAGCUGAUCCAACUGUUUACUCUGGUAAAGUAAUUCGUCCUUUGAGGAGUGUAGAUCCCACACAGACUGAGUACCAGGGCAUGAUUGAAGUCAUGGAGGAUGGUGAGAUGAAAGGAGAGGUGUAUCCAUUUGGAAUUGUUGGAAUGGCAAACAAAGGUGACUGUCUGCAGAAAGGGGAGACAGUAAAGUUCCAGCUGUGUGUGCUUGGGCAGAAUGGGCAGACAAUGGCAGUGAACAUCACCCCCUUCCGCAGGGCCACGGUGGAGUGUGUCAAAGACCAGUUUGGUUUCAUUAACUAUGAAGUUGGUGACAGCAAAAAGCUCUUCUUCCAUGUCAAAGAAGUCCAGGAUGGUGUGGAGCUCCAGGCUGGGGAUGAAGUGGAGUUCUCUGUAAUCCUGAACCAGCGCACAGGAAAAUGCAGUGCCUGUAACGUGUGGCGUGUCUGUGAGGGCGCCAAGGCUGUUGCUGCUCCACGUCCUGAUAGACUUGUGAAUCGUCUAAAGAGCAUCAACCUGGACGAUGCCAACGCUCCGCGGCUCACAGUGCUCCGCCAGCCCCGGGGACCUGACAACUCAAAGGGAUUUGGUGCAGAGAGAAAGAUCCGCCAGGCUGGUGUUAUAGACUGAUCCCACCCCACGCCGAGGUCGGGCGCGGUGGGGCUGGCGAAGGGUACUGAAUAUCUCCCUGUUCAUCCCUUCCUCCAAAUUCUCAGAAGCUAUUCCACCGGUUUUAACACCUUCUCAUGUUAUGUUUAAAACUAAAUUUCUGAAACCAUUUUAAAUUUCUGCACAGUUGCAUUCUGGAGAACUUUAAGGUGGCGCCUUAUAGUAUCACAUUUUAGAAGCUUGUUUUGAAUGGUGCAUUUAACGCAACUGGUAACUGCAAUCUCCAUUGCCUCUGUGAGUAAACAUAGACAGCUCUGCUCGGGCAGACCUUGUGGAAUUCUGCACUACACUUAUUAUGCUUUAUCCUUAAUUUUUUGUUUUGUUUUGUUUUGUUUUGGCCAAGGUUUAUUAUGCCUUAGUGCUCAGUUGCAUUAUCUUCCCUCCUGAGCGGAGGGGAAAGUUCACUUCAGCUCACCGCUCAAAUUCUGAGGACCAUGUGAGGGUGGGAUAAGUUGAGUUUAUAUCAGAUCUCAAUGAACAUACUUUGAGUUGAUGGCCAAAUGUUACAGUGUUUUCCCUAGUUCCUUUAACUUGGCUCCUUUAGCCAGUCCUUGGGGCUCAAUGCAAAGU